AUGGCUGCUAAGACAACAACUUUUGAGAGAUUCUAUACGGGGUUAGAAGAGAAAGAUGGGGGAAAGAGGUUGUAUAGGCUUUUUAAUGCUAGGGAGAGGAAGAGUCGUGACCUCAACCAAGUGAAGUGCAUUAAGGGGGAGGAUGGUAGAGUUUUUUUGGAAGAUGUUCAUAUUAAGAAGAGAUGGAAGAAAUAUUUUCAUAGUCUUUUGAAUGAGGAAGGGGACAGACGCAUUGAGUUAAGAGAAUUGGAGCCUUCAAAGGAGAGCCAUUAUUUUAAUUACUGUAGAUAUUUUAAGGUGGAGGAGGGGAAUACUGAGAUUGACGAGGAUGUCUCUAAUCGUAUUGGAGUUGGUGGGAUAAAGUGGAGGCUUGCCUCUGGAGUUCUGUGUGAUAGAAAGGUGUGCCUUAGGCUUAACGGAAAAUUCUAUAAAGACGCAGUCCGUCCAGCCAUGUUGUAUGGAGCGGAGUGCUAG